AUGAAUCCACCUGGAGGCUUCAAGCGGCCAGACACCGAAGCAGCAGACUACAUCAAGAAGCUCCUAAUAGCUCACGGCGCAAUGGUGACAGUACCCAUCGCGGAGCAGAAUUAUGGGGAAAGGGUACAAGCUAUCAUGGCCGGAGAUCCACAGCAUGUAAAUACGUCAUGGUCGCCAGCCGCCGGGGUGCAAAUAGCUGGCGCAUCAUGUGAAGAUUUGGAGGGUGAUGAUCAUGCCAGCUUCACAUUGGAUGAUCUCAUGGAAUACGAGCAUGAUUUCGGUAUCGACAACGUAAUUUUCGACGAAUGGAUGGAUUUCGAUGAUUUUGAUAUGGACCAACACAACAACACAUCCAUACCGGGGGCUGAAGGGUACGACUAUCCGUUGAGCGCCAUGGAUGAUUUGCCUGUCUUGGAAUCAAGGGAUAGUACAUAUUGCUCCAGUGGUGUCAGGAACAGGCCUUGGGAAUUCUGA